CUUUCCACUGGGGCUGAGUGCAUCUCUACAGUCUGCGCUACUCUUGAUUGUCUUUGGUCAUCACCUAGGAGAAAGAAUUGCUCAUCAUGAAGCUGACGGGCAACUCUCUGGCCGUCUGGGCUGCGGCUGCUGCCCUUCCACUUACAGCCAGCGCCGCAACGAUUGGAAAAGGCCCAGACAAGGAUGGCAAGUAUUGGAUUCGCGCAAAGGGCAUCGAGGCGUCCUUUAUACCCUAUGGAGCCUCCAUUUCAAACCUGUUCAUCAACGACCGCUACGGCAUCCGGCGCGAUCUCGUCGGCGGCUUCGACAAUGCUACGUACUACGGCAUUGACAAGCAGCACCCGCACUUUGGCGGUGUGCCGGGCCGGUAUGCGAACCGCAUCAAGAACAGCACCUUUGUCAUUGACGGCAAGACGUAUCACACGAUCCCGAAUGAGAAUCCCACAAAGGACGCGCCCCAGGGGACAGAUACCCUGCACGGAGGCCCCGACGGCUGGGACUGGCGCAACUUCACCGUCUCCGCAUACACUCCCACGAGCAUCACCUUCAGCAUAGUCGACCCAGAUGGAAAGGAGGGCUUCCCGGGCGAGGUGGUGUCGCACAUCACCUACACGGUGCAGGAGAACCAGUGGGACUUGAAGAUGGUGGCGCUGGCGACGACCAAGAAGACGCCCAUCAUGCUCAGCAGCCACACGUACUGGAACCUGGAUGGCUUUGCCAACAAUGAGACCCAGACGGCGCUGAACCAUACGCUGCAUCUUCCGUAUAGUGGACAGCGCGUUGGUGUCGACGGCUUCUUGAUCCCGACGGGCGACAUUUUGGCCAAUAAGAAGGACACGGCGAAUGACUUUUGGUCGCAGCCGAAGCAAAUCGGCAAGGGCUUUGAGCAGAGCGGCAUCAAAAACAACUGCGGUAACAACUGCCCUGGCUACGAUAACUGCUACCUGGUCAACCGGGAGGCGCUGGGGCCAUUUGACUGGCGCACCGAAGGCCCUGUCGCAAGUCUGUCCUCGCCUUGGUCAGGCAUCCACCUGGAUGUCUAUUCGGAUCAGACAGCCUUCCAAGUGUACAGCUGCAACGGGCAAAACGGCACGAUGGCCUUGAAGAAGACGCAGGGUCUGCAUAACAACAAGCAUUUCCCGAGGACGAUUCCCACGUACGGGUGUCUGGUUCUGGAGGUGGAGGACUGGAUUGACGGUAUUAAUAACCCUGAAUGGGGGAGGAAGCAGAUCUGGGGGCCGGACGAUGGUCCGUAUGUUCUCCAGGCAAGCUACAAGUUCAGUAUUGACAAGUAAUGAAUGUCCCUUUUUGUGUGACAAGAGGACAUUGGAUGUAUGAAGAAGAGAAAUCAGAAGGCAGAAUAUAAGUCUAAUUAUGGGGUUUGAUAAAGCG